UAGAGAGAUUUUGACUGAUUGUUUAAGUUUAAUGAAGUGGAGGAGAGGCGAAACGUUGGGAGUGGGGGCUUCUGGAAUGGUGUCUCUAGCACUAGUUGAUGAUCAGGCUGCCUUCUAUCACGAUUUACCUUGUGUUAUGGCCGUGAAAUCUGCCCCAUUAAGCAAAUCGGGCUCGAUUUGCAGAGAGAGAAGACACCUUAAUCGGUUCGAAGGCUGUCCGCAAGUUGUACGUUGUUUCGGUUCCGAUACCACGACUGAAGAAGGAGAGGAUUGGUACAAUCUAUUCUUGGAGUACGCCUCCGGCAGCAGUCUAUUUGAUCGCAUUCGUAGGUCAGGCAGAGGAGGAUUACCGGAAUCUGAGGCAAGGCGAUACACGAAAUCUUUACUCUUGGGUCUGAAUCACGUUCACAAACAAGGAUACGUCCACUGUGACAUAAAGCCUCAUAAUGUAGUGCUUGUGGAAAGUGAGAGUGAAGUAAUAAGAUCUCCAAUGAAUCUGAAUGGAAAGAGGAAAAGGGUUAAGAAAGAACACACAGCAAAGAUUGCUGAUUUUGGGGUUGCAAUGAAGGCUGGAAAGAGAACGAAGGACGAAGAAAGAAGCAAGGGGAAACUAAGAGGUACGCCUAUGUAUAUCGCCCCCGAGUCAAUUCGGUGUGGAGAAUAUGAAGCUCACUCUGAUAUUUGGGCACUUGGGUGCACUGUUUUACACAUGCUAACCGGCGAACUGCCUUGGAAGUGUGACAAAAAUAUGGAAAAGGCAGCUCUUUUGUUCAAGUUUGGAUUUACAGAAGAAGUGCCGGAAAUUCCAAGUUAUGGGUUGUCGAAAGAGGCGCAAGAUUUCCUCAACAAGUGCUUGGUUAGGGAUCCUAAGUCACGGUGGACCGGUGACAUGCUCUUAGCCCAUCCUUUUGUCUCGGGUCUUGACUGCAUGACAGCUGAAAGUAGAAAGGGCGAAAGGAGCAGAGUAGUUCAGCCACAAAAGGCAGCAAAAGAAGUAAUUGAUUCGUCGUCAAGCCAGAGUUCGUUCGAUCUUACUAAACCGUACUUGCUCAUGUCGCGUUCAGCAUCAAACAGAAUCUUGCCUGAUUUUAGCAAGAUUCGUACCAUUAAAAAGGCAAAAAGAAUGGAGGAGGAGGAAGAAGAAAAAGGGAAGAAGUUCGAACCGAGUUUUCGACUGGAUGCCUGGGGCUACUGGGGUGUAAAGCCCAUUCCGGUGAUACCAAGCUCGAACAUUGCUAUUGAGAUUUUCAAUUAAUUAUGAUUUUUCAUUCCCCUUCAAAUCCUUGAAAAGGAAAGGGUAUUCAUUCAUUGAGCAAUCAUUAGACAUGAGAAUGUUAAUCCUUAUAGCAAAUAGUGGAUUUGCACUGUUGUGUUCAUUUAUACAGCAAUUACAGGUUCUAUGACUUCUGUUUGCAAUUAGCACUAUAGGAUUUGGGUAUUCUCUCAUAUGGUUGAACGCUUUCUGAACAGUGACACAGUUUGAAUUUUU